CUCUCUCUCUCUGUCUCUCUCACUCUCUUUCUUUGAGAGAGAGAGAGAGACAAGAGAAUUGAAUUGAAGUAUUGAUGAAAGAGUGAUGAAAGUUGCGGUAGACUCGGAUCCUGUCUCCUUUGGAAUAAAGUUCCAUAUUUGUCCCAUAGAUAUAAUCUUUCUCCUCUGAAAAAGACAAUCUUGACUCUCUCCUCCUCUCUUUCUUCCUUCCAUUUCUUUGCUUUCAAUACCUACUUACAAUAUAUGGGUGACCACCAGUACGGCCUGCCGGAUCUCCGGCAACUUCUGGCUACCGGAAGAACUCAUUUUUCUGGUCUCCCACAAGUUACAGAGCCAUUCUUUGUUCAAACAAGUAGAAAUCUUGCACCUCAACAGACUCACAAUCAUCAUCACUUUCAUGACUCCAUUAUGGCAGCUGAAGUUAUGGUUUCUGCUAAUAGUGGCUUGGUCAAGCUUGGUCAAGACCAUUAUUUUAACAACGCUACUACUACUAGUAGUAAUAGUACAUUUUUUGGAGUGGAAAUGGAGAAUGGGUGGAUUAAUAAUGGAAAUGAUGUGGGAAAUAAUAGUAGAUGGCCAAGACAAGAGACUCUUACUCUUCUUGAGAUCAGAUCUAGGCUUGAUUCAAGAUUCAAAGAAGCUAAUCAAAAAGGUCCUUUAUGGGAUGAGGUUUCUAGGAUCAUGGCUGAGGAACAUGGUUAUCAAAGAAGUGGCAAGAAAUGUAGAGAAAAAUUUGAGAAUUUAUACAAAUACUACAAGAAAACAAAGGAAGGUAAAGCAGGAAGACAGGAUGGGAAGCAUUAUAGGUUCUUUCGCCAACUUGAAGCUCUUUAUGGAGAAACAAGUAAUCAGUUAGCUUCUUCAUCAGAAACCCAUUUGGUUAAUGACACUAAUAGAACUUCUUUUCUUUAUCCAACACCCAUUAACCCAGAAAAUAAAGAACGAUCCUUAUCGUUUCAAGAAAACAAGAACAGUGAAAGCCUAAGCUUAUCCAACACAUCUGAAUUCGAAACUUCAUCUUCAGACAACAAUGACGAUGAUCUUUCUGCGAUUGCUUAUGAUAUGAUGAACCGAAAGAUUGGAAAACCAAAAGGCCGGUUAAAGAAGGGUUGGAAAGGGAAAGUUAAAGAUUUUGUAGACUUACAAAUGGGGAAGUUGUUGGAAAAACAAGAAGCUUGGAUGGAAAGAAUGCUGAAGACUAUUGAAGAUAGAGAGAAAGAAAGAAUUUGUAGAGAAGAAGAAUGGGCUAAGCAAGAAAUGGCGCGUUUAGAUCAAAUACAUGAAUAUUGGGCUAAAGAAAGGGCUCGUAUUGAAGCUAGAGAUGUUGCUUUAAUGGAAGAAUUGAAGAAAUAUGCAGAUAAUUGUGAACGACUUGGACUUUCAUCAUCAGUUGAGCAAAUAGUAAGAGUAACUCAAACCCAUUACAAAAACAAAGACCAAAGAAAUGCAAAAAAGAUUGAUAUUGAUGAGAUCAAUUUUGGAAGAUGGAGUGACCCAGAGAUUUGUAGUUUAAUACAAAUAAGAACAGCCAUGGAAGCAAGAUUUCAAGAAAGUAGUAGUGGGUAUUCAGAAGAAUUUUUAUGGGAAGAAAUAGCAUCAAAAAUGGGCAGUCUGGGGUACGAUAGGGAUGUGGAAGAGAUUAAAGAGAAAUGGGAGAACAUGAACAUCUACUUCAACAUGACAACAGCAGAGUGUAAUAAGAAGAGAAAAGAAGAUUUGAGACCCAACAAUUAUUUUCAGCAACUUGAUCCUUAUAAUAAUAAUGGUCAAGAAAUAGAUAAACUUGAAAGCUUGAACUUACCUUCAUCAAGUUCUUAUGUGGUUAAUAGCCAAAUGCAUGGAAGCAUCAGCUGCUUUCAGGAGAGCACUUGUGGGGCAAGAAGAAUCAGCAACUUCAAUAACUAUUCUGAUUAGAGUUCGAACUUGCAAGCAAUCUUACAGUUCUGGAGAUGAUUUCGGUGAGUCGAAGUUAUAUAUAUUGCCUCUAUAAUAAUUAGGUGUGUAGUGUAGAUUUAACUUGUUGAGAAGGUAAAAUUAUUUAUAUAUUGCAGUGUGUGACAAUUGGGGGUGGAGAUUAAUUGGUUUGUUUAUUUAUUUGGUGUAAUUAGAAAAAACUGACUACUGAGAAGUUUUUAUUAUGGUCAUAAAAUGCCCUUUCAUGGUUAUAUUGGUUAAGGGGUACAAUGUGAUUAAUAGAGGGAUAUAUAUGUACUUGUACCUUGGUUCAAAACAUAAUUAUGUAUUUGAUGCAAUUAAUUAGUUUUUAUCUA